AUGGCUCCACCUGCACUCUCAGAUAUUCUCAAUUCUUCAUCCCCGUCACCCCCUUCCAGUCCCGGGCUGUCGCUGACUCACCGUCGACGAAGCUCAUCUGUCAUGACCACUGCCCCGGAGUCUGAUGAACUCACUCAUUCGGACUCUGGUCAUGAUCAAACUCAAUCCCUGAAGCGACCUGCGGAGGACCUCGAUCAGUUUGCUGAUGCGCUCAGCCGCAAUGUCAGGUUGAAAACGUCGCAGAAGGAUGAGCUGAAGCAGUUUGUUCUGCUUUCCGAGGCUCAGCAACAAGUUUGGCUGGCUGCCCAGCUGAUCAAAGUGGUUGAUGUUCUCAACACGCUUGAAGCUCCCGACACCAUAUAUCAGAUUCCGACCACAAUGGAGCGCCGUAUCGAGCUUUACACAUACCUUGUUCUGGUUUCGCCCACAACGUCGGUUUACGUCAUGAAUGCUGGUGGCCCUCUGAGCCUCAUUCUUGAUCAUAUGGAGACAGUUCCCUCGUGGGGUCUCACUCCUGAGGUUAAAGCUGACAAGGCUAAGUUUGAUGUUGUUUGCUCGCGGAUUCGCAACCGGCUCACUCAUCGUCGCAACGAAAUGAAGACCAUGAUUCGCGACUCUCUGGACACGCCGUGGACGGAUAUUGUUGCGCUUUGUCAUCAGAUCCUUGCGAUGGGCGACAGGGUGGUUGUCACACUCAAGGUGUCGCUCCAGAUGGUUGCUUGGGUGGCUUUCUUGCGUGCUGUCUAUCGCGAUCAUAUGGGACCAGACAAGAAAGUUGACAAGUAUUGGCGCCUCGUUGAUACACAGCUGAAAGAGGUCAGAGAUACCACUAAUGGCGAUACAAAGAAGCUAUCCCGUUUCUUUGCAAAGGUUUUAACGCAUGACCGGGAAGCCUACGGCAACCCGUCGAUCGAUGAUCUCGAGCUUACAUCGCCUGGCGCCUUUGACGAUCCUCCCCAGCGCCGCUGA